UACAAUGCAUGAGUAACUGCGCACAUGAGUAUGGCAAGUUUUCAUAUAUAUGAACCUGAUGAAGGUAUUGUGGUCAGUCUGCUGGCAGUAUGAGGGUGUGGAGGUUAAGGCUGCCCAGCGUGUCCAGUAGGGUCAAGCGCGUGCUGUGGUACCUGUGUGUGGUCACCGUCCUGGUGGCUGUUAAGGUGGUGUUCUUCCCUGCUGCUGAAAAUGAACAGCAUGAAGUGGAGGCGAGACUGCAAAUUCCAGACCCACCCCCUCCCACGACAGGGGUCAUUAUCCUCACGUACCAGAGAAGCGGAUCAACAUUCGCGGGAGAGCUGUUCAACAGGCAUCCCAAAUCUUUCUAUCUCUUUGAACCCCUCUGGGGGAUAUACAGGGCCAUGGAGAAGGAGAAAAUACUCAAUUUUCCCGACAAAUCAAUGCGGCAUACACCGAGCUGGGGAAUGGAGAAAGAACUCCUACUUCAAAUAACAGACAACUUACUAAACUGUCGGUUAAAGGAAGUUCCCAUGGAGACGUUGGCCCCGGGGCGAGAUGAGAGCCACAGCUUUUUUUUCAACAUGGACCACAGGAGCAUGAACUUAAAAAGAUACAGAGAAUGUUUGGUCAGUAAAAAGAGACCCGAGGAGCACCAGUGCGUGCCAAUUCUCAGCAAAUAUUGUAACCACGCCAAACUUGUAGCUCUUAAAAUAUUGCGACUUCGCAUGGAAUGGCUGCCACCUUUGCUUGACAAAAACCCGGGACUGAAGGUGAUACAUUUGGUCCGAGAUCCUCGGGGUUCUCUAUUCUCUCGCAUGUCCCGCCGGCUUAAUAUUUGCGACGUGAAUUGCGAAGCAAACGUGCGUUGUUUUCACAUGGCCAGAGAUUUGCGGUGGAGGCGAAAAAUGGAAGCAAUCUAUCCCGGUCGUCUUAUUGAACUCAAGUACGAGUCCUAUGCAGAAAAACCGCUCAUGGAAUUAAAUAGAAUUUAUAAUUUUCUUAAUAUUCCUGUUCCCCCCGAUGUAGAAGACUGGGUUCAGGAAAACACGGACGCUUUUUUCGAAAGGAAAGGUAACUAUGCAACAACGAAAGAAAACUCUUCGGCAGCAGCGCAUGCGUGGGAGAGUCGCAUACCUGUUGCCAUGGCGAUGGAUAUUGACAACGUCUGCGCAGACGUUCUUGAAGACUUUGGAUACAGAAAAGCAUCGGAGAUAUUAAAAGACCGCAUUACCAAAGAAAUAAAGAAAGAGGGCAUGAAAGUUGCUGCAUAUUCACAAAAAUCUGAAGAUAAGGGAAACCCUCAAACUGCAAAGCCACCAAAAAAGCAUGAUGUUCCAUCUAUGGAUAGACAUGAAAGUGCGCAAAGAAAAGUUCCAAAGGCGCACGAUAACAAAAGUCAAUUUCAGAAUAUUCAUAUUCGAUUGAAACCUUAGAUUUAUAUAUAGACCUACUUUCUGUAAACACAGUCCGUUAAGCUCCAAUCUAAUCUGUUUAUUUAAGGAUACUUGCCAUAAAAACAACAAGGCAGUGCGAGAUAUAGGGAUGAAUAGUAGCAUAAGUAGGCCUAAUUUCUAUAGGUAGGCCUACCCAAUACACUCUUCUUCUUUUUGCCAUUUGCAAUUCAUUAAGUCAUAUACUUUUCAAAGUGCUUCACAUAUAAAAGCAGGUUAAGAGCAUACCACGGAAAAAUGUUAAAAGAUUCAAAUCGUUUUUCACGUUUUAUAGAACAGAAUAGUUUUAUUUUAUAAUGUAGGUCUGGCACCGGGUCUAAUAAGGGCCUACAUGUAUAAUACUGUGAUCAAAUAUUAUUAAAAAUGAAUUAGUAAAUAAUCAACUAUCAAUUUUA